GCGACAUUCCAGAAUUCCCCUUCUUACUUACCUUGACACAUGGCUAGACGCCGUUCCCAUGGAGAUCCGGAGUUAAUAAAAACGCUGACGUCGCGACGCUCUGUUCAUUCAGUAAUUUUCGAUACUUACGCUACAUCCUUUACUGUUUCACAAAGUUUUUAAAAUCUAACCGGCAGUGCUACAGGUUGGUGCUUCAAUCGCGCUUUUGAAAGUGGGUGAAAAAAAACUGUUUGGAGUUUUUAACUUUUAAGAACAAUAUUUGAAGUUUAUUUUAUUACUGUUCAAGAUUUUUGGUGCUAUCCCAGCAAGUGUGAUAACCCACAUUAUUGAAAAAAUGAAGACAGAUGAUAAAAAUAAUAUGCCCAAAGUCCGAAUAGCUGUUAUAGGAAAGUCAAACGUUGGAAAAUCAGCACUUACUGUUAGAUAUUUAACCAGACGAUUUAUUGGUGAAUACAGGAGUAACACAGAUCUACUCUAUCGCCAAACCCUAACAUUAAACAAUUCAUCAUUAGAAGUAGAAAUCGUUGACGUAUGCAGUUGCGACAUCAAAGCAUUUCCAGAAGAAGCCAUUUAUUGGGCAGAUGCAUGCGUAGUAGUUUAUGAUAUAACCUGUAGAAACUCCUUUAACCAGGCUAGUGAUAUGCUUCAAAGAGUUCUAAAUUUGAGGAGUCAGAUGACUACGAUACUGCUAGGAAAUAAGGCAGAUCUCGAACACUUACGACAGGUCGAGGAACUGGAGGGUCGAACUCUAGCUGUACAAAACAACUGUCAAUUCUUCGAAGUAUCUGUAGCAGAAAAUUCCUCAACGAUAUACACGGCCUUCGACACGGUCUUGAACGAUUGCCGCUCAAUCCAGUCAUCACAUAAAACGAGAAAAUUCUCCGUAUCAAAAAUGAUCGGCACGCUUAUAGGAAACGGAAACAACAAAGUUCCCCACAACGAAUCAAGGUGGCACAGUCGUCGUCUGUCAUAAGUCAGAUUUGUAUAAAUCUAGAGUACUUAGGAGAAGACAGAAUUUCACAGCGACUGCUUCCCUUUGACUAUCGACGAAAGAAGAAUUGGAUGCACGUUAAAUUAAUUAUUUGUUUACCGUUUUUUGCGGUGAAAUCCGAUUUGUCAGUCAGUGGCUCAGACAAGAAAAUUAAUUUUGACUGGGUACACGGUUUUUUUAUUUUUUAAAGACUUUGUCUAUCUCUCAGUUAUAUGAGGGGUUUUUGAGAUCGUAUUGUUUUAUACAUAUACCUAAUAUUUUGUGAUAUGAACACGUUAUAGUACAUAUUUGUGAAAUUAAUGUUUUAAAAGUUUGUUUCAUUGGCCAGCUUUUUAUUUUGUAAUGUAAAACUGAAUAUUUCAGUUCAUUUAUAAAUCAUACAUUCAUUUAUGAAACAGGAAAAAUAUUUUAAACAGUAAGUUUUUCAGAUAAAUAUUUUUCCAAAAAACGAAGAAAUUAUUCUUAAUUUAAAAAUAGUGAUUAUUUGAAAUUUGAAAUUUUCAAGCCAAUAUUGACAGUCAAAAUAUUUGACGUUAUUGUAUUACAUAAGAACACAAAAGCCUUCUUUGACAAGUGGCAUUUGAAGUUUGUGAUAAUUGAUAUUUUGUAAGAAAUCAACAGGAAAUGACGAUGUGGUUUUUAAUAUUUAAGAGUACGCAGUAAAAAUGGGCAGAAAAUGUAGAGAUGUAAUGAAAGUUUGUAAUACAUUUUUGUAUAAAUUUUAAUGUUAGUUAAAUAUUUCGAAUGCAAUCGAUGAUAAAAAUAAAUGACAAAUUUUUUCUUUUAACGUUUUUCUUCACUCUAACGUUUUCAGAUAUUUUCAUAAAAAUAGUACUUUUUCGAAAUUGUCAACUGAAUUAUUCUGUUUUCAAUUGCAAUUUGCUCUGAUUUUGAAGACAUUUUCUAUUAAAAAAUAUAUAGUUUAUAAAAUAUGUAUAAUAAAUAUUUUUGUCAUAAUAUUUUUAUUUUUGUUUCUGAAACAAAAAGUCGGAUUUAUAAUAAAUUUGGCCUAAAAUUUGGAAUAUUUUAGAAUAAAUAAAAAAUUAUAUGUAAGCAAUCCGACUAUUUGAUUUUUUACACUUUGUUAAAUAAAUAUAAAUUAUUGUAAAUAGCAAAUAACGUGUUUAGGUAUACCUAUUAUUUGCAAUAAUUGUCAUUUAUAUAGAAAAUUACAAAGGGGUAUACUAGACGCUUUCUAAGUAUUUUCAAAUAUUUUGAAACACUUGUAUUUGUUUUAUUUUUAAUAUUGUUGUUCCUGUCUACAACAACUUCAAAAACUGACAGUUACUUUUAAUUAUAUAACUGAUAAUUCACAAGAAGUUCCUGUUACUCCAAAUAAAACAUUCUUUUUUAUUCAAACGUCAUUAAUCAUUGGUUAUAAAAAUAAUAAUUAUUAAAAAUAUCCACUUUAAUCAUCAAAAUGGUAGUAGAAUUUCAGCUUUCCUAACGUUUGAAUAAAAGAAAUUUUUUAAUAAGUUAAUCCAUAAAUAUUUAGAAUUAAACCUUUUUUAAAUAUAAAUACUUGUGAGUGUGCUAAAAAAGUGCUGUGAUAUACAUUGUAUGAUUUUUGUAUUACAUAUU